AGCUUGAUUGCACCCCUCCCGUCCACUCAGUCGAUGGAUUGGAGAGCUCCUUCUCCAGACUGUUUAAUCUGCUCUUGCUGUCAUCCAAACGGCGUUUUUCUGGGGUUCGCUCAUUCGACCUUCGCCUCAUCGCUCGCUCUGCUGAUCCGAGGAGGUUGAUCUAUUUAUUUAUUUUUGUGAGCAGAACCGGAACCGAGCGGGAGCUGUGUUUUUUGGGUCUUCUGUGGGCGGAUACAGCGGAGGAGUGCAUCCGGGCCUGGAAGCUCCGGAGGGUCCGCUCGAAACCACGGAAUUCACCGUUUACUGGCCGCGCACCGCCCCGCCAUGGAGAAGAUGAAGAGGAUUAAGAAGCGUCUGUCGCUAACGCUGCGCUCCAGUCAGACUAUCGACGAGUCUCUCUCGGAGCUGGCAGAGCAGAUGACGAUUGAGGACGGUGGCACCAAAGAUAAUGAGCCCUUCAUGAGGAACGGCCGCCCACCCACCUCCCACAGCAUGCACUCCUUCUUGCACCAGUACACCGGCUCCUUCAAGAAGCCGCCGCUGCGCCGGCCGCACAGCGUCAUCGGCGGGACCCUGGGCUCCUUCAUGUCCAUACCGCGCAAUGGCAGUCGCUUGGACAUUGUGCACGAGAACCUGAAGAUGGGCUCAGAUGGAGAGAGCGACCAAGCGUCGGGAACGUCGUCGGAUGAGGUUCAAUCCCCGACUGGUGUUUGUCUUCGGAACCGGGUCCACAGAAGAAUCUCCAUGGAGGACCUGAACAAACGUUUGUCGCUGCCCGCCGACAUCCGUAUUCCCGACGGUUACUUGGAGAAGCUGCAGCUGACCAGCCCGUCCUUCGACCAGCCGCUCAGCCGCCGCUCGCGCCGAGCGUCGCUGUCAGAGAUUGGAUUCGGGAAGUUGGAGACGUACAUAAAAUUGGACAAACUGGGAGAGGGAACAUACGCCACCGUUUUCAAAGGACGCAGCAAGCUGACGGAUAACCUCGUAGCUCUGAAGGAAAUCCGAUUGGAGCAUGAGGAGGGAGCGCCGUGCACAGCCAUUAGAGAAGUUUCGUUACUGAAGGACCUGAAACACGCUAACAUUGUGACGCUACAUGACAUCGUCCAUACUGACAAAAGCCUCACGCUUGUGUUUGAGUAUCUGGAUAAAGAUCUGAAGCAGUACAUGGAUGAUUGUGGAAACAUCAUGAGCAUGCACAACGUCAAGGUCUUCUUGUUCCAGAUUUUGCGUGGACUGUCAUAUUGUCACAAGAGGAAAGUUCUCCACAGGGACCUAAAGCCCCAGAACCUCCUUAUUAACGAGAAAGGGGAGCUGAAGCUUGCUGAUUUUGGUCUGGCCAGAGCCAAAUCGGUCCCGACUAAAACGUACUCCAACGAAGUGGUGACUCUUUGGUACCGACCUCCUGACGUUCUGCUGGGGUCCUCCGAGUAUUCGACGCAGAUCGACAUGUGGGGCGUCGGUUGUAUAUUUUACGAGAUGGCCGCGGGUCGGCCGCUCUUCCCCGGCUCCACAGUGGAGGACGAGCUCCAUCUCAUCUUCAGGUUACUUGGAACGCCGACGGAGGACAACUGGCCGGGAAUAUCUUCCAUUGACGAGUUCAAGUCGUACAACUUCCCUAAGUACAAACCUCAGCCGUUCAUCAACCACGCUCCCAGGCUUGAUGGUGAAGGCAUUGAGCUCUUGCUGGCUUUCCUCAGAUACGAAUCCAAGAAGAGGAUCUCGGCCGAAGACGCCAUGAAACAUUCCUACUUCAGGCAUCUCGGCAUGAGAGUUCACACUUUGCACGAGAGUGUUUCCAUAUUCACUUUGAAGGAGGUCCAACUGCAGAGAGACCCGGGCUACAGAAACUCCUCAUACCCAGAAUCAGGCAACGGCAAGAUCAACCGAAGGCAGAGCAUGCUCUUCUAGAGCUCGGAAAAGAGGAAGGAGAUCCUCAUCGUCACCCUCUCUCGCAUGACCCCCCUCAAUCCCUUCCUGUUUUACCGCACACUCACAUGACAGCACACCCCUCUUGAGUUCAGUUGACUGUUCAAUUGGUGUGUUUAUUUAUUUACCGAUACGAGGGGAAGGGUUUUUUGCUGCUAAAGUACUACUGUUUGUAUUUAACACACCCUGUUCACGGGUGAGCGUGUGUGAAGUUUGUUGUUUCCCAAGAAUUCCACAGAUGAUGUUCAAGCUGUGAUUCAAGUGGUCGGGGACGUCAGUUGUUGUAAUGGACACAUUAAGGUCUUAAUUUCGAAUGACCCUGGGAUGGUGAAAACUUUUUUUUUUUAAUUAUUUUGAUAUUUGGGAACAACAUUUGGAGUUUAAGGCCACAUUGAAAAGGAAAAAACAAUGUAACAAGAAAAGAAACAUUGUAACUUUGAAUUUAUAGGGUUCCAGCUUUUGUGUUCUUCCUUUCUGAUUUUGCAACUUUAAUAUUCUCAUCAAACUUCCCCCUUCUUACCUUAGUAUUAUAAUUUUCUAAUUGUAACAUGCCCACAUUUUCUUACAAUAUUUUCCUCAUAUUUUCCUUUCAAUGUGGCUCAAUACUCCUCGAUCUAAGCUCAACCAUUCCCUAAUUAAUAUUCUCUUAACCUGCACUUUUUUUCUCCCUUUUCCUCAUAUUGGCGAGUUUACCCAACAGUAUUAAGAUGUGUUCUCUACAUCUGUGACCUUUAAACUGGCGUGGCUCGGCGCAAGGGGACUUCUCCAAAAUGGACAUUUGUGUCGACGUUUGUUUUCGACACGCGUUUACUUCUCAUCCCAUUCUGAAAUAUGCUUUGCAUUCCCGCAAUAGGUCAUCCAACAAAUACAGGAGAUGUUUAUCUAGCAGAGACCAAUUUGUACUCUCCGAGUAGCAGAGUGUAAUAGAUAAAAAGACCCCUGGAAUGUAUUGAAGAGAUGGGAGUGUCUGUAAAUGCUGAUCCGAGUCCACAAAAGGUGCAGUAACGACUACUACUUGUUUGCAGCUAAUGGUGUCCUAACACGUAAGCACACACUGUAUUUGUCUUUAACAGGUAGAUGCAAAUAUAUGACAGAUUGUUUGUCAAGUGAACCUAUUUUUUCUACAAUGUAAAGCUCAUGUCUAAUAGGCAUGACACAAAUAAUGUGGAAGUGUUAUGUUCUCUUUGGGGAAGAAAAAAAGUCGCUUUUGACUGCAAACUCUGGUGUCCAUACAGUGCUCUCCAUAAUUAUUGGCACCCCUGGUUAAGAUGUGUUUUUUAGCUUCUAAUAUAUUUUUUUAAAUUCAAAUAAUAUGGGACCCUAAUGGAAAAAAAGAGAAAAAUCCAAGCUUCAAUACAAGUGCAUUUAUUCAGUGGGGAAAAAAAUCCUACAUAAAGAAAAAAUUAUUUGACAUCA